AUGGGCUGUUGCACGUCUUUAAAAUACCGAAAAACUAAUAUUACCUUAUUUUCCGAGGCUCCUCCUUCAUUUUCUAUCAAAAUUCAUCAAGGAACUUUUAUAAGGCCAAAUGACCUGCCUUUUACUGAAGUUUAUAUGCUUGGCAAUCGUGUUGGCAAAGGUGGCUUUGCGGAAGUGAGAAGAUGUACGCAUAAACUGUCUGGCUCCACAAGAGCUGUUAAAAUAUUCAGCAAAAAUGCUUUAAAACCAGGAAAAGAAGCUGAAGGAAAUUUGCUCAUUGAAAUGGAAAUUUUGAGACUUUUAGACCAUCCAAACAUGUACGCUAAAUAUUUUUAGCCCCCACUUCCAGCCCAAGCGAAUUGAAAGAAGAAAAAGCGUUACAUUAUCCCUAUCCUACGUUAAAAAUUAAGCACAACUCCCCAACAUCAGAACUUCAGCAACUCCCCCACAAUCAGAAAAUCCUCCACUCCCCCACAAUCAGAAAUCUUCCACUCCUGCAAUUUCCCAACAUCAGAAGAUCCUUAAAUCCCACAACAUCAGAACGUCGGAAUCGCGCAACUCCCCAAAAAAGAAGAAGAAAUCCCACAACUCCCCCUUCACCUGAGCCCCAACAACUCCUUGAGCCCAGAAUUCCCAGAGCUCAGAACUCCCAAAGCUCCCAAAGCCCCCAGAACUCCCAUGACUCCCACAACUCCCACGACUCCCACGACUCCCAGCGAAUUGAAAGGAUUUCCAUUUCGGGCGUUCACUGGCUUGCUUGCUGCUGGCAAAAAGAAGUUUUGAAUAACUGCCCAUUGGAUCAGGUCACAAAACUGCGGUUCUGUGCUUAAGACCUUCACUUCAGAUUCUCGGCUUCAAAAACUAUGCCCGGAUAUGCACAGGUAACAAUCACAUGAGAGGAUGGGCUGGAUGCCGUCGCUAUUUUAUCUAUAUGGCCAUCCAAACAUAAUCAGGGUAUAUGAUUUUUUUGAAGAUGAAAGCAACCAUUAUCUCGUAAUGGAAUUAUGUGAAGGAGGCGAACUUUUUGACAUAAUUAAAAAACUCACGAGAUUUAGUGAAUCUCAAGCAUCACAUAUAAUGAAACAAUGGUCAAGUAUUCAUCUAAUGCAAAAUUAUUUAAAUAGAAUUGACGAGUCAUAAAUAAAACCUAUAAUUUUUACAGUCAAACUCAUUUUAAUUUUUUUUAUAAAUAUUUAUUAUUAAUUUAGCUUUUUUUGUUAAAAAUAACCCCAAAAACAAUUAUUUUCUGCCGUUUCUUUUAUGCACUCUUUUAAUAUCGCUCAUAGAGACCUUAAGCCUGAAAACAUUAUGAUAGAAGAAAGAGGGUCAGAAUUAAAUCUAAAAUUAGUAGAUUUUGGCUCAGCUAUAAAGCUUGAAGAAAACAAAACUAUGGAAGGAAUCGUAGGGACUACAUAUUAUAUGGCCCCAGAACUAAUUUCUGGGAAAUACACAGAAAAAUGUGACGAAUGGAGCUGUGGUGUAAUUUUAUAUAUAUUAUUAUGUGGAAAUCCGCCAUUUUACGGCAAAACUGAUGACGAGAUUAUGGAGAAAGUAAAAAUCGGGUCAUAUGAUACCACGACUGAAGAGUUUAAAGACGUUUCUGAAGAAGCAAUUGACCUUAUCCAUAAGCUUAUGGCGCCUUUAGACACUCGAAUAUCUGUAAAUGAUGCCUUAAAUCACCCAUGGAUCGUAACCCACAAUACUCAUUCUGUAUCUCAGCACACCCUUCUCCACGUGAUUGAUAAUCUAACUAGAUUUUCAAGUCAGCUAAAGCUUAGAGAUGCCAUUAUGACUUUCAUUACCUGCCAGCUGCUAAAUUAUAAAGAAUUUAAGCAUCUUAGGAAAGCCUUUUCUGCAUUAGAUAAUGAUGGGGAUGGAAAAAUAGGAAAAAGUGAUCUAAUAAAAGAGCUUACUGCGUCUUACUCAGAAAAAGAAGCAAAAUAUAAAGCUGAAGGGAUUAUAAAGGAAGUUGAUGAAAACCAGGAUGGGUUUAUUGAGUUUACUGAAUAUAUUAGAGCUGUGGCAGAUGAAAAAUUAUAUCUAAUUAUUAUAUAUAAAAUAUGAUUUAUUAUCAUUUUUUCAUGGCAUAACGAAUUUUUUAUUUAUUUUAUUUAAGAAUAGUUUUUUCAAGGAAAAAUUUGGUUGUCGCUUUUGAUUUGUUAGAUAAAGAUAAAAAUGGGAAAAUUUCAGCUGAAGAAUUAAUGCAUGCAUUUUCUGAUGAUACUGAAGAUACUGUUGAUAUAUGGAAAGCGCUAAUAAGUGAGGCAGAUCAAAACGGAGAUGGGCAGAUUGAUUUAGAUGAAUUUUUGGAUUUUUUGAUGACGAAGUUUUAA